AUGCCACCGGCCCUGGACAGGCUCCUCGCCAGCCCGCCUGCCCUGCGACUUCUGCGCGCCAUCGUCAAUGGGCCCGAAGUGCCUGCAGCAUGUUUGCCCGCCGCUUCCUGCUGCCACGCCAAAAUCACGCACCGCCACUACGGAACCAGGAAAAGAGCUGUCCCGGCAAAAUUGAAGUGGAGAAGAUGGUACGAGACAAGCGAGGAACAAGCCAAGCGCGAGGCAAUUCGUCAGCUUCUUGAGCAUGACGGGCAGCAUGUGCCCCAGGAUGGAGACAAACUUGGAGCCGCAACACAUGGGACAAAAGCUGGAGAUGGCACUACUGGCGCUGCGGCAUGGGCAGAGUCUCUGGCUCUCCGGGAACGCCAAGAUGGGCUGAAAGGCGUCAAGGCCGUGUGGAAACUCAUGCAGGACGCACAAUACAACCUCCCAUGCGACUUUACAGAUCACGCCGACUUCCUCUGGGGAACCUUUGUCAAGCACCCCGACCUAGUAGUGGAAGUCGUAGAGCAUGCCGCACAGCUACUCAAAGAGUCCAAGAAGACGUAUGCUAGUCUCUAUUCUCUGGUCAUGAGCCAUUGGCUUCCGCGAGAGCCCAGGAGGGCAUUGGAGUACCAUCGUAUGCUCAAAGCGAGGCUAGAGCUCAAAGCCAUUCCUUUGAAGGCAAUUGUCCAACAGGGGAGAUCAAGUUUCGGCCCUGCCGCGUAUGAAGCAUUGAUGGAAAUAUACAAGAGCAGGAGGCGUCGAGAUCUGUAUGACGACGUGGUGCCAGCCCUCAUUGAAAAAGGACAUGUUCAAUUGGCCCGCAAAUGGCAUAGACUCUGCACGUCUUGCGGAGACAUACCCUCUGAACCCGUUGCGAAACAUCCUGUCGUUCUUCUACUCACAGACGAAGCGUCCCUGCUCGCCAAUCCUGACCCUGCCUUGAAAGAUUCGAUACGACAGCGCGAGAGGUACAACACAGAGCUCAUGCAGCGUCUGCUGGGACGCGAUGCUGCACCCGUGCGCUUCGAGGACUCUUUCUGCGCGCGAAUGUUUGCAACCAAGACCUUCCCGCCCGAAUCCGUCAUAAGGGGACUUGCCAUGGUAGGGGUCAACGAAAUUGGCCCACAAGCUGUUUUAGCAAUGGCCUCUCGAACAGAACCACUUCAAGAUCUGCCACAUAUAUUCGAAGAGCUUAGAGAAAAUGGCAUAGCGCUGCAAGGAUGUGUCUAUUCCCUUGCGAUAGAGAAGUUCGCCACAGAGCGCUGGUGGAGUUUGGUCCGCAGUAUGCUCGACAGCGACCAGCAUCCAGAUGUUUUUGGCGAUGCGCAAGUGCAGAGGAAGCUGCUUGAUUUCUACUUAGAUCAGGAAGACCACAUGCAAGCCCGGCGUACGCUUGCUAUCCUGACGCUGUUCCACAGGGACUCCAGCCAAGAGUCGUGGAACCUCCUUUUGCAAUUCCAGAUCCGACGCACCGGACCAAAACAUGUCACGGAAGUGCUCCAAGACAUGCGCAUCCGGGGCGUCAUGCUCACCGCAGAGUCCAUAGCCGCUAUCAAGGGUCUCCUUCGUCGUCGCCAACGCGGUCGCAAACCUACCGCAGUACACGACGGAUACGAUGAUCUGCGCUUCGUCGCGCGCAGCUUCAUGAGCAUCCUCGAGUUCGGCAUGGCUCCCAUCCCUCCCCGAACAUGGCGCGAACUCAUCCGACGCUUCGGCAUGAGCGGUCGACUCCGCGAGCUUCGACGCCUGCUCCUAUGGUUGUUAUCCUGGUACGCCCCACGAAGCAGCCACCAAUUCUCAACCCUCCCCUCAUCCCCUUUCCUCGCCCGCGCAACCGAAACCCUCCAAGCCAAAUUCCCCCAGCGCUCCCACUAUUUCCACUUCCCCGGUACCACCACCCAACGCGAGCGAUCAGAUCAUCCCAUCCGCCAACUCUUCCCCCCACCCCUCCAACAGGCUUUCAUCAUUUGGGGCUUCCGCGCCGGUCUCCUUCCCAACGCGCCCCUCGAGCAGUCCCUCCUCGGCCCCACCCUGCGCAAGAAACACUACCGCCGUAUGCUCAUGCGCCACCUCAUCCUCAAGCGCGAGUCCUGGAGCUCCGGCCUCCGCACGCUAGUCUUGCUGCGCGACCUUGGUGUUCGCGUACACUACCAUACCGUGCUCAAGGCCCUGCAGAUGCAAUUCACAGUCCUCUUUGGCCGGGGGCACUCGCGAAAGUGGGAGAAUCGUAUCAUGGAGGACGUUAAUCCCAUCCCGUAUAGCACGUAUGUCAAGGAGGUCAAUGAGAUUUGGGGGAGUAAGUUGCUUGUGGAGCCGGAGCUGUUUCAGAAGGGCAUGGUGCAUGAUCAUUUGUGGCAUCCGAGGUUGAGGAGGAAAGUCGAUCGAAGAGGGUUUGUGCGCUUGGAUGGGUUGGUGAGGAGGGAGACGGGGGAUGGUGCUGCAGUGAGGGAUUUGGAGAAGACGUUUGAAGCGCAGGGCAAGGCGCUGGAGCCGGGGAGGGAGUGGAUGUUCGAAGCGGAUUUGAGCACAAGAGGGGUGGGAAAGAGUGCCUCCAGAAUCUUCCCCUCCCCCUACCCUCUCACCUUCCUCUUCUCCCCCCUCCUCCUCCGCGGCGCCCUCGCCGCCUUCCUGUUCCAAAUCCACCCCUCCCCCUUGGCGCCGGUGUAA